AUGUCCCGUCAAAAAGUAGGAGCCCCCAUAAAAGUACUUUCCUUGUGAAAAGAACAUUCCUUUUUUGUCGGAAUACGAUAAAAGUAAGGUGCUUAGAUUGGAUCUAUAACACUGUUCUUCAAGGGACUUUUGGACCGCUGGUUGAUCAAUUAAAGCCGUUUACGAAUAAAAAGUUCUUUGGGUAUCUGCAGAAAGGCCGUGCUGAAGAACUCGGUAAGUCAUUUCCUUCUACUAGUCAAUAAGAGACAAACAAAAAAAUCGCCAUAUUCUUUGCUAAAUUUGUAGUUGAACAACAUAGGCACUUCCAGGUGUAGCGACGCUAACACACGCUGAUCUCCACAGUGGCAAUGUCAUGACCAAGCCAAAUCCGGAUGGCAGCCCUUCCGAUGAGGUCGCGACCUUCUUCGACUGGCAACUCGGUUUCUUUGGCAACGCUUUGUUUGAUCUUGCCAGAUUCGCUUGUGUUUCUGCGGAUGCGGAUAUACGACGAGGGAUUGAAGAUGUCGCCCUGGACGAGUAUUACGACGCUUAUAUCAAACAUAGUGAGAGACCCGAUCCGAAGUUCACACGAGACGUUUGCCAAGAACUCUACGAUCUGGGAAUUGUAAUGGAAGCGCUGGAAUUUCAAUUCCUGUUCCAUCUUGUGUCCGGAAACUUGAAUCCACGGAAUGAUCGCCAUCUCGAGAGUCUACUGGCCAGAUUUGCCCUGAGGGCACGACUAACAAUGGAAGAUGGGAUCCGCGCAAUCGAAAAGUACAAACUCUUAGAUGUCGCAAAAAAUAAGUGUUUGAAAACUGUGUAA